AUGGACACCGAUCAUAUCGAUGAGCUUCUAGAGCGCUACCUCGGUCUUCUGGACCAGUACACGAACCUCCGCGCCGCCCUCAACGAAGCCCAGUCCGCUGUGUACCAGAACCUGGCGCGCGCCAACUUCUCCGCAGAGCGCGGCGUGCGGUACGGCCCGGACUACUACGACGAGCGGAUGCAGGCCACGCGCGUGCUGGCUGUCGAGGGCGCAGACAGCAGCGCGCCGCGCUUCUCAGCCAUCCUCGUCGAUGAGCCCGAGCCCGAGCCCAAGCCCGAGCCUGAGGCCAAGCGUGAGGACGAGCACGAGGCCUCGACUGAGACGCAGGCGGAGGAGAAGACGCCCAAGCCGCGCCCCAGGGACCCGUUGCGCUGGUUCGGCAUCCUGGCACCCAUGCCGCUGCGGCAGGCGCAGGCGCAGGCCGUCCGUGCGGUCGAGGGUAUUGUGCCGCAGCUCGUGACGGUGGAUGCGGAGAUGAAGGACCUGGAGAUUCAGAUUCGCAGGGCUCGGAAAAAGAGAGCCAAGGCUGAGAUCGCGACGCAGAAGACCGGGGCCGCAUCUGGAGUCCCGGUGGAGGCUACGUGA